AUGGAGGUGAGCGGCCCGGACGACGACCCCUUCCUGGCGCAGCUGCAUCGGGUGCAGUGCCCCGUGUGCCAGCAGACGAUGCCCGCCGCCCACAUCAACUCGCACCUGGACCGCUGCCUACUGCUGCACCCCGCCGGCCACGCCGAGCCCGAGCCUGGGCCGCACGGCGCCGGGGAACCACCCAAGGGGCCCGUGUCUCCACGCUCUAAGCGGCGCCGCCUGUCCGAGAGUUCGGCGCUCAAGCAGCCCGCUACCCCGACGGCGGCCGAGAGCAGCGAGGGUGAGGGUGACGAGGCAGACGACGGCGGCGAGACGGAGAGUCGCGAGAGCUACGACGCUCCGCCGACGCCCAGUGGCGCCCGCCUCAUCCCCGACUUUCCCGGGGCCCGCGUUGGCAGCCCGGCCGGGCAGGGCACGGGAGACAGGCCAGCCGCCUCCUCGGCCGCCGCGGCGGGCAGCGCGUCUCCGCGGAGCUGGGACGAGGCGGAGGCGCCGGAGGAGGAGGAGGCGGCCGGUGACGGCGACGCGGAUGCGGACGGCGAGGACGAGCCGGGCCCCUGGGCCGCCGCCGCCUUCGGGGGUCGUGCGCAGCCGCGCGCACCUGCGGCCGACGAGGUCCGGCAGAUGCUGGAGGGCAAGCCGCUGGCCGAGAAGAUGCGCCCAGAUACGCUGCAGGACUACUUCGGGCAGAGCCGGGCGCUGGGCCCGGAGAGCUUGCUGAGGACUCUGCUGGAUACCAGCGAGGUCCCCUCGCUCAUCCUCUGGGGCCCCCCGGGCUGCGGCAAGACCACUCUGGCUCACAUCAUCGCAAACAACAGCAAGAAACACAGCGUCAGGUUUGUGACACUGUCUGCAACGAACGCCAAGACCAAUGAUGUGCGAGACGUCAUAAAACAAGCUCAGAAUGAAAAGAGCUUUUUCAAAAGGAAAACUAUCCUUUUUAUUGAUGAGAUUCAUCGGUUCAAUAAAUCUCAGCAGGAUACUUUUCUUCCUCACGUGGAAUGUGGGACGAUCACUCUGAUUGGAGCCACCACAGAAAACCCUUCCUUUCAGGUCAACGCUGCUCUGCUGAGCCGCUGCCGGGUGAUUGUUCUCGAGAAGCUGCCAGUGGAGGCGAUGGUAAUGAUUUUAAUGCGAGCGAUCGACUCCCUGGGCAUCCACGUGCUGGACUCCAGCCGGCCUGCUGACCCUCUGAGCCACAGCAGCAACAGCACUUCUGAGCCCUCCGUGCUCAUCGAAGACAAAGCUGUGGACACGCUGGCUUACCUCAGCGACGGGGACGCCAGGACCGGGCUCAGUGGGCUGCAGCUGGCAGUUCUGGCCAGGCUAAGUUCCCGGAAGAUGUUCUGUAAGAAGAGUGGGCAAACAUACUCUCCUAGUAGAGUCCUGAUCACGGAAAACGACGUCAAGGAGGGGCUCCAGCGAUCCCACGUUUUAUAUGACCGAGCAGGGGAAGAGCACUACAACUGCAUCUCUGCGCUUCACAAGUCCCUGCGCGGCUCCGACCAGAACGCCGCCCUCUACUGGCUGGCCCGCAUGCUUGAAGGAGGAGAGGAUCCCCUGUAUGUGGCGAGAAGGCUUGUGAGGUUUGCCAGCGAGGACAUAGGUCUGGCAGAUCCGUCUGCAUUAACACAAGCAGUUGCUGCCUACCAAGGCUGUCACUUUAUAGGCAUGCCCGAAUGUGAGGUGCUUCUGGCCCAGUGUGUGGUCUAUUGUGCCAGAGCCCCCAAGUCUAUUGAGGUCUACAGCGCCUACAACAAUGUCAAAGCCUGCCUGAGAAACCACCAGGGGCCUCUGCCCCCUGUCCCACUGCACCUGAGAAAUGCUCCUACCCGGCUGAUGAAGGACCUGGGCUAUGGCAAAGGUUACAAGUACAACCCCAUGUACAACGAACCCGUGGACCAGGAGUACCUACCGGAAGAACUGCGGGGCAUCGACUUCUUCAAGCAGAGGCGCUGCUGA